AUGCCGACGAUUCCACUCCAUCUUUCAACUUCACAGACGAAAUCAUUGCCACAGAACCCACUACCACAAGUACUUCAGACGCCAUCAGGUCUGGCGAUAGUCGAAAUCCAGGGAACAUUAAAUCUUCCGCCCCCCUGGAAGGAGCAACAGCAACGCCAGUCGGCCGGCUCGUCUUUCCAGGGUACAACAAAGACGAGCCAACACCAGCGUAUGACUGGAGAAGUGAAGAAGCUUCCAAAACCCAUUGCGGUCAUCCGAAAACGCGACAAGUCCGACGACGCAGCUAAGGACGAAUUGGAGAUUUCAGAGAUUAUUCAUUACAAGAUAUUGUUUUCAAAUCGUCCUGAGCCUGUUGGAGAUUGA